CAUUUCCCUCGGCGGCAGGAGAAGGGGAGGCUGCUUUGGCUCAGAGAGCGGUGUCACGGAGGAGGAGGAGAAGGAAGAAGGGGCGGAGGAGGAGGCGGUGCUUUGAGUGUGAAACUUUGGAAUUAACUACAUCAAAACUUUGCUGGGAUCAUACUUUGUCAGAAUUAUUUUUCUCUAUGUGCCUGUCCUUGUUGAUGGUCUUACUCAUACAGAUUGUUGAAUGUGAGGAAUCUCCAACAAAGUUAAUGUUUGAACAUAAGAAAAUAUAGUCAACAGAUACAGAUUUCUUCUAUCAAAAACCUACAGUAAAGUCUUCACAUCCUUUCUAUGCCAUGUUGUGUGAUUGUAGUCCCAUGAGGAAUUUGUCUUCAUGAAGAUUCCUAACAUUGGUAAUGUGAUGAAUAAAUUUGAGAUCCUUGGGGUUGUAGGUGAAGGGGCCUAUGGAGUUGUACUUAAGUGCAGGCAUAAGGUACAAGCGGGCAAUAGCAAGUAUAUUUCUAUAUCGCUUACCGGUGUACUACCAGAGACACAUGAAAUUGUGGCCAUUAAGAAAUUCAAAGACAGUGAAGAAAAUGAAGAGGUCAAAGAAACCACCUUACGAGAACUUAAAAUGCUCCGUACUUUGAAACAGGAGAACAUAGUGGAACUAAAAGAAGCUUUCAGAAGGAGAGGAAAACUAUAUUUGGUGUUUGAGUAUGUAGAAAAAAAUAUGCUUGAACUGCUGGAAGAAAUGCCAAAUGGAGUCCCACCUGAAAAAGUAAAAAGCUAUAUAUACCAGCUAAUUAAAGCAAUUCAUUGGUGUCAUAAAAAUGAUAUUGUUCAUAGAGAUAUCAAGCCAGAGAAUCUCUUAAUAAGUCACAAUGAUAUUUUAAAAUUGUGUGACUUUGGUUUUGCACGGAAUUUGUCAGAAGGAAGCAAUGCUAAUUACACAGAGUAUGUGGCCACCAGGUGGUAUCGUUCACCUGAACUCUUGCUUGGAGCCCCUUAUGGCAAAUCGGUAGAUAUGUGGUCUGUAGGCUGUAUUCUUGGAGAACUGAGUGAUGGACAGCCAUUGUUUCCUGGAGAAAGUGAAAUUGACCAACUUUUUACAAUCCAAAAGGUGCUAGGACCACUUCCUGCAGAGCAAAUGAAGCUUUUCUACAGUAAUCCCCGUUUCCAUGGGCUACGGUUCCCAGCAGUCAACCAUCCACAAUCUUUGGAAAGGAGAUAUUUAGGAAUCUUAAGUGGCGUUUUACUUGACCUUAUGAAGAACUUGCUGAAACUGGAUCCAGCUGAUAGAUACUUGACAGAACAGUGUCUGAACCACCCAGCAUUCCAAACUCAGAGGCUCUUGGAUCGUUCACCCUCCCGGUCAUCUAAAAGAAAACCUUAUCAUGGAGAUAGCAACACCUUAUCCAACAGAAAUCAAGCUAGCAAAAGCACGGUUGUACAGUCACAUCACAGAUCAAACAGCAAAGAUAUAGGAGUUGGACUACAAAGAGAAGAAGCUCUUCCAACAACUGAAAGCUUUCUAAAUGGAAAUCUUCCUGUAACUGCACAUAGCCCAAUGCUUCCAAAAAAGUCAAACAACCCACCUGGAUCUGGAAGCAAGGAUCUAACUAAUAACAACAUACCACAUCUUCUGAGUCCAAAGGAAGCAAAGACAAAAACUGAAUUUGAUUUUAGUUCAGAUCCCAAGGCUUCAGAUGGUCCAGGUACAAAAUACCUAAAGUCAAAUUCCAGAUCUCAGCAUAAUCGACACUCAUUUAUGGAAAGUUCUCAAAGCAAAACUGGUACACUGCAACCAGGUGAAAGACACAGUCGUCACAGCUAUAUUGAUACUAUUCCUCAGUCUUCAAAGAGUCCCUCCUAUCGAACCAAAUCAAAAAGUCAUGGGGCUCUAACAGAUUCCAAAUCUGUGGGUAAUCUGUCUGAGGCUAGAGUUCAAGUUGCUGAACCAAACAACAGUAGGUAUUUUCCAUCCAGCUGCUUGGACUUGAACUCUCCUACCACAGCAGCACCACCUUGCCAUACUGACAACAGAACUUUGCUCAGUCCUUCUGGGAGAAAUAAUAGAAGUGAUGGUACACUUGAAUCCCGGAGACCAUCUACAAGACAUUCCAAAACCAUGGAGGAGUUGAAAUUGCCAGAUCACAUGGAUGGAAGCCAUUCACAUUCUUUAUCUGCUCCCCAUGAAUCUUUUUCUUAUGGUCUAGGUUACACAAGUCCUUUUUCUUCACAGCAGCGCCCUCAUAGACAUUCUAUGUAUGUGAGCCGGGACAGAGUGAGGACAAAGGGCUCAGAGGGUGGCUUAAGCGUAGGGCAAGGGAUGGCAGCCAGAGCAAAUAGCCUCCAACUGUUAUCUCCACAGGUGCAGCAUAAGUCACUCACAAGAUCUGUUGGCUCUUCGCGUGAAGACUGUACAGAAGAUACAAACAGGGGUGGAGCGUACCAUGAUCAGCACCCAGAUGAUGGAGCAUCCACAAAAGAAAAUAGAAUUCUGUAUAAUGAUCCUGUACCUAGAAGAGUUGGUAGCUUUUACAGAGUUCCAUCACCACGCCCAGAAGGAACAUUCCUAGAUAACAAUGCCUCAAAUAGAAUACCAUCACUACCUACAGAAAGCAGUAGUUUAACAAGCCAUUCAAAGAGACAAACUGCUUUUGAUCCCUGGAAAAGUCCUGAAAAUAUUCAUUCAGAACAACUCAAGGAAAAAGAAAAGCAAGGAUUUUUCAGGUCAAUAAAAAAGAAAAAAAAGAAAUCUCAAUCUACAGAAUUCAUCAACUCGGAGAAUCCAAGCAUCAAGAAAUCUCUCUUUCCUCUAUUUAAUUCAAAGAGUCACUUAAAGCAUAGCUCUUCCUUGAAAAAGAUUCCUGUGGUCACUCUGCCUAUGAUGCCUGGAAGUGACAAUCAGGAUCUCUUGUCACUACAGAAAGCGAUUCAUUCAUCUAAUCACCCAGUCAGCAGACAGAAGGAUUGGCAUUCUGAUAAGAUGACAGAAAUCCAAAGUCACAGCCAGCCUUUAAAGUCUCUUCGCAAGCUGUUACACCUUUCCUCCUCCUCAAAUCAUUCAAUUCCUUCUGAACCCAGAUUCCAACCUUUACCAAGCCAGCCUGCUAAAACUUCUUUUUCUGAAGUUCGAAUUCAUCCUAUAAGUCAAGCUUCUGCUUCUAGCAGCAGUAACAUGCGGCAAGAGUCCCAGUCAAAAGGCAGAACACUCCAGAUCCCGGGCCAGAUGGAUCCAAGUUGGCAUGUUUCCCCAGUGAACAGGAGUGCCAGUGAUGGGACUUCAUAUCCUGAUCAAAUGCCUUCUAAGAGUGGGCAAAAUGGGCAUACAUAUAACCGAACAAACCGAUCUCGAAUGCCAAACCUGAAUGAUCUAAAAGAGACUGCUUUGUAAUACUCCAGGAAAUGCUAUUGCAGGGAUUCACCUAGGGGUAUAGCGGUGGUGGUGACUGAAUUCUCAGCAUUAUAAAAGGUGUGCAAUAUGGAAUAUAUGGAGCUACUGUUCAGUUCCACGUCAGUAGGGAUCUUACAGUGAGAUGAACUUUAUUAAUUGCCAUUCAUCUAAUUGUAUGACAGAAGAAUGUGCACUUCAGGGAGAAUGAACUAUGUGCCCUUUUCUCUCAUUUUACAUUCCAGCCUAGUGCACAUCUGUCUCAAAGCUGUAUAGGCACUUUGGGGAGUUCAAAGAAAUGUCUUAUGCCCUUAUGAAAAAAUUUGCUGCCUACAUUUAAAAAGAAUAAAUAAAUAAAUAGGGUUUAUGUGAUACACUGGUAUCCCAAUAAGGGGUUAAAGUUCAGUUGUAUGUCUUUAUUUUUUUUAAACUUCCAUAUUUGAUAGGAUUUGUAAUCUUUAUUUAUGAUCUAUUAUUGUAUUGUUAUAAUCAUAUCUUAUGUUACAAUGUAAAAAAAUUUGAGCUGUUUGAAACAUUGUGAUGCAGUGCAGCAGCUACAGUACAGUAGUUUCUAUUAAAACUAACUAACCUAUAUUACAUCAGGAGCAUUUUUAUUACAUAUGUAUAUGUAUAUAUGAAGGAAUUCAUAUACAUUUACAUACAUACAUACAUAUAUAUAUAUAGUAAAUAACUGUCUUUUUAAAAAUUACUCAUUUAAAAGAAAAGUAUUGUUAUGACACUCUCUGCCAUAUUUUUAUACGUUUGUGAUAUAAAGUGCAGUAUUAUACUUCUAAUUAAAGGGAAUAGAAUGUGAAUUGAAAUAUGACUGUAACAAUAUGAAUUUUGCUCCAUUAUAUACAGUGACAUAGGGUUGUAUCCAGUGGUGUCCCUCCACUGAUGGAAGACUCUUGUAUCCAGUCAAGACUUCCACUCAUAUAAUGGGGAUGAAGGCAAUUUUUGCUCUUCCCCUCUCUCCUUUGCACCCCUCUCCGUUUUCCACCAGUCUCAUCUAGACCCUUUGGAACAGCAGUAGGAGUUAGCAUGGGGAAUUGUUCGGGGUAAGGGAGUGUUGGUGAAAAUAAUCUCUUUCCCUGUUCCACUGACAGAUUCAUUCUUAAGGAUGAAUGAUCCUUAUAUCAAUUGAAGGACACCAUUGGAUGCCCUGUUGAUAAUAAAAUACAGCAGUGAGACUAGAUUAUUGGCCUUUUCUCCCCCCCCCCCCCCCAAGAGGCAUAGCUCAAAUGUAUCAAGCUAUGAAACCAUGAAGUCAUAUAAAAAGUGGGUAUAUUCCCCCCCUAAGUCUGUGCUUACCUUUCCCCAUUGUGUUGUUGGAAGAUAAACAUCUGUGUCAUGGUGGCAGAAUCCCAGUGUUGCUUACAAUUCUCCAUCCAGGAGAAAUAACUCGUAAUAAGAGGUUAAAACAGAUGCUCUUCCAUUCUAUACAUGGGGUGAAGACCAAAGAGCCACAGCAUGAAAUGCAAGUGGCAAGCCAAAGUUGGCAUGACGCAGCACUGUAAAUCAUGGUAUAAGGUUUUAAGCCUAUGUAUAUUCUUUGCACUUUGUUUGAAAUUGUACAAAGCAGAAAGUAAAAUAUUGUAUUUAAAUGUAAGAGAGCUGUGGCACUUCCAUUUUGUUUCUAGGAUUUAAUUUUUUAAAGCCCUGUAACAUUGAUAUUUGAAUAUGGAAAGUUUGUGCUGAAGCUUAAUUUUCCCCCUAUAUCACUUAUAAGAAUAUUUCUGUAGACUUUAAAGCUUCACUCACUUCAGAGUGCUGGAUUUUUCUAUCUAUAGAACAUUAUUAAAAUGACUUUAAAAAGUGGACUUACAAUAUAGUAUAUGUAGAGCCUAAUAUUCCAUUUGCUUAUAAUUACUAUAACUCAGGAAAAAAACAAUUGGAAAAAUGUCAUCCCGUUAUGAAACUGAUGUAAAUGUGAUGAGGGUGCGGGAAUGGGAACAGAAGUGUCAGAAUAAUAUACCUUAAAUCAUUAAACCUGCACAACAGGA